GAAUAUACAAGUAGGCUUUUCUGUUUCCCACAGAAAAAACAAGCCAGCGCUGGAGGAUGACUGCAGAAAUCUGGGACGUGAUUAUUGUUGGCGCAGGACUCUCUGGACUCACUGCCGCUCAUUUGCUCAGGAAGCGAGAUGCCACGCUGAGAAUCCUGAUCCUGGAAGGAAAAGAUCGUGUCGGAGGUCGAACUCUGUCCAUGGAAAUACCUGCAGCCGCUGGUGUCGACUGCUGGGACUUUGGAGGACAGUGGGUAGGAAGCACUCAAACUCACAUCAUGGAGCUGAUAAAAGAACUUGGCGUGGAAACGUACGCACAGUUCAGUCGUGGAAAGAAGGUGUUUCAUGUGGGCGGAGCCACAGCCAGAGUUCGCACGUACACGAGCAACAUUCCCACUUUAUCACCACUCACUCUGUUUGAUCUCACUCAGCUACUGUGGAAGAUUGACAGACUGUGUGCCACAGUGUGUGUCCAGGAUCCGUCCAAAACUCCCCGUGCUGCAGAGUUUGACAGCAUGACCCUGAACUCCUACAUGGAGCAGCAUGUCUGGACGGCAGAAGUGAAGGAGGAGCUGGAGUUGAGCUGCAGGUCUGUGUUUGGCAUGGAGUCGUCACAGAUGUCCUUCCUCUUCUUCUUGGUUUACGCUGCAGCAGCCGGAGGUUUGCUGCCUCUACUGGAGAACAACGCAGGUUCUGCUCAGGAACAAAAGAUCAAGGGAGGAAGUCAGCAGCUGUCUCAGACCCUGGCAGAGCGUGUGGGCUUGCAGAGCAUCCUCCUGGGUUCUGCUGUGACAAACAUAUGGCAGGACGCUGAAUGGGCCAGAGUGACGACCGCCGCCGCCGCCGCCGCCGCCACCUUCCUGUGCCGAGCUGUGAUCGUCAGCUGUCCGCCUCAUUUAGCAGCAAAAAUCCACUACGAGCCAGCGCUGCCCAGCCAGAGAGAGUUCCUUACCCAGAACAUGCCUGUGGGUCACAUGAUCAAAUUCAUUAUUACCUACCAGACGGCUUUUUGGAAGGAGAAAGGUUUCUCUGGGGAAAUCGUGGCCGGUUCUUCCACUGAGUGUCCGUUCUGUGUCACCUUUGACGCCACCACUCACAGUGGAAAUGCUGCUUUGGUGGGAUUCAUCGCAGGCCAGCAGGCGUCUCAGUGGACAACCAAACAGGCUGGAGAGAGAAAACACGCUGUGGUUUGUGCUCUGGUCAAAUACCUCGGCCCUGAGGCUGCGUCUUUCAUCCACUAUGAAGACAAAGACUGGGCUGAGGAGGAGUUCAGUGGAGGCUGCCCAACCAACGUCAUGGCACCAGGUCUGCUCACGUAUUACCAGCCCAGCCUGAGGAAACCAUGCGGCAGGAUCCACUGGGCAGGAACAGAAACAGCCACUCAGUGGUGCGGCUACAUGAGCGGCGCCGUGCAGGCUGGACAGCGAGCGGCUGUGGAGGUUCUGUCUGAACUGCGUCCUGCGGUUCUGACCCGCGAGGAGCUGCACACACUGCGACACAGUCAGAGUGAAGAGACUCGUGCUCAACAAACGCCGUCAUCUCCACUGAAACGUCUGACCACGGCUGUGGUCGUCACUGCGGCUCUGACUGUAGCUGCUGCUCUGUGUCUGACACAUACGGAGCGCGUGAUGCUAAAGGUCACGACCUUCUUCUCAAACGCACUGUGA